AUGGCGGCGGAACAGAGAAAGCUGCUUGAGCAGCUCAUGGGAGCGGACCAGCUCAUAGGUACCGGCGCUCCUUCUCGCAAUGCGCAGCUCCAAAUCACCGAUCCGAAAGUCUGUCGCUCGUAUCUUGUCGGCACUUGUCCGCAUGACCUCUUCACCAAUACCAAGCAAGAUCUGGGUCCAUGCCAGAAAGUUCACAGCGAAGGAUUGAAGACGGAGUAUGAGACCGCCUCGGCGGCCGAGAAGGCCAAAUGGGGAUUCGAUUACGACUAUAUGCGCGACAUGCAGAAAUACAUCGAUGAUUGUGACCGACGUAUUGAUACCGCUCAGCGACGCUUGGAAAAGACCCCGGAUGAGAUCAGACAGACCAACAACUUGCUGAAACAAAUCUCCGACCUAACGAAAACCAUCAACACGGGCCUCCUCGAGAUCUCGGUGCUGGGCGAAACCGGCUCCGUCGCACAGGCCCUGAACGAACUGCACAAGAUCCGCACCGCGAAGCACCAAAAGGAAACAUGUGAACGCGAGUUGAAGAACCUACAAGAUACCUCCGGCCCGUCGGGUCAUCAGAAGCUGCAAGUGUGCGAUGUCUGCGGCGCGUAUCUGAGUCGUCUCGAUAACGAUCGUCGGUUGGCGGACCAUUUCUUCGGAAAGAUGCACAUGGGAUACUCGGACAUGCGCAAGGGGUUUAAGAAGCUCAGCGAGGAGCUUAAGGGACGGCCUCCGCCGGUUCGUCACCACGAUGACGAUGAUGGUGGUUGGGGUGGACGCUCCGGUGGUGGACGUGGUCCUCGGUAUGGCGGUGGUGGUUACAAGAAGCGCGGACCUCGCUGGUAA